ACACCGGAAGCUUCUCAUCCAGUGGGAGCUAAGGAGAGAGAGUGGGAGAAAAAUAAAAAAGCUACUUUCAUUCAAUAGUUUCGAAGUAAUGGCAUGUAGGCAGGCACUUGUCUUUUUUUUUUGUUGCCAUUAUUUGAAAUAAUGGAAUAGGGCCCACGUCUUCACAUUUACGAAUUGAUCGUGCAACAGUCGUAUCAUCUGACGACCACUAGACAAAGCAGUCGUUUCACGUUGGAGUACUUUUUAGAGGUCUUGUGAAACGCUGAUAGUUCAGGUUUUCGCGCUGACUUCCCUUGGUUUUGGGUCUCGUUUUCUUGUGCGAAUGAUAUAACUUAGUUGUGUCUUACUUUGCUGGAGUUCUAUUAUGGAGUUACCGUCCACAGAAAAUAAUGGUUUCAAAGAGAGUAACCUGAACUCGGCGAAUAGGCGUAGACAAGGAGUCAUGCCGACCAUACACACCACGACUCUCUUUCUUAUUUUCACCAAAGUUCUCACCAUUCACGCCGCCUCCUUCCACUUCACCAAGGAGCCCAAGUCCCAGGAUGCCUUGCACGGCCGGAGCGCCAUGUUACGCUGCGAGGUCAGCGACGCGGAGGGCGUGAGUUACAGCUGGCUGCAAAACGGCGAUGCGGUGAAGGACACGGAGCGCCGCUUUCAGGAGGGCGGCAACCUCAAGUUCACCUAUGUGGACCGGGUGCUGGAUGCUGGGACCUUCCAGUGCCUGGCCGCCAACAAUGCCACAGGAGGAGAAGAGCGCUCCACGGAGGCGUCCAUCAACAUCAAAUGGCUAGAGAGUGGUGGGGUGACCCUGAAAGAUCCUGCAUCAGAGCAGGACAUCGAGAGCUCUGCCCCUGUGACGUUCAGGUGCAACAUUGAUGGACACCCACGACCAACAUGCCACUGGUACAGAGACGGCGUACGCCUGCCGGAGAAGAGCCAUCAGAUCAACAACAAGGAGCGAACUUUGACCCUGCCCAGUGCCAGCCCAGACAACAAUGGUCUCUACUAUUGCUGUGCCAAAAAUCCAGCUGGGCACGUGUGCAGCAAUGUCAACUUCACCCUCAAUAUCAUAGAUAAAAGUUUCCCUCGUCCCGUGGUGGUUCCUGAUGACCUGGUGGUGAUGAGGAACGAGGAGGCCCUCCUUAACUGCCUGUUCACUGCCGAGCCCCCUCCCACCCAAGAGUGGUACCACCAGGACGAGCUCAUCACCAACAAGUCCCGGUUGGUGAUGUUGAACAAUGGCUCCCUACUCAUAACCCAGGUGAAGCCCAGAAACACUGGGCUCUACAAAUGUGUAGCCAAAGGGCCCCGCGGACUCUCUGUCACUCUGGAGGCCACCGUGAACCUAGCAGAGAUCGAGGAGAUGGGCCCCAGCCAGACCCAGGUCUUCUCGGCCAACUCCCUGGAGAGGGUGUCCUGUCGCCCCCCUCGCGGCCACCCGGAGCCCGAUGUGUGGUGGGAGCGGGGCGGGGAACGCGUCCCCUCAGAGGGCAGGGUCUACCAGGACGGACUGGAGCUGGUCUUCAGCCCCACCCAGGGGGAAGACUCUGGACUGUAUACCUGCGUGGGCCAGAACAAGGCCGGUACCAGGAGGCAGGAGCUGACCGUCACCGUGGCCACCCCUCCGGAGUGGGUGACGAAGCCAGAGGACAGCCAACUGGAGGAGGGCCUCCCUGGGUACCUGCAUUGCCACACCCGCGCCACGCCCCAGCCCGAGGUUACCUGGUACCGCAACUUCAUCCCCAUCACCGCCGAGGACAUUCGCUUUAAGCUGUACCCCAACGGGACCCUGAGGAUCAACAGCGUGGAGGUGUAUGAUAACCACUUGUACAUGUGCCGGAGCCAGACGGAGGCUGGGAGGGUGGAGUGCCGGGCCAGGGUCUUUGUUCUUGAGAAGCUGAAGUUCACCCCCACCCCCCAGCCCUCCCAGUGUCUGGAGUUGGACAAGGAGGGCACUGUGCCGUGCUCCGCCAAGGGCCGCGAGAUCCCCACCGUCCAGUGGACCAAAGCAGAUGGCAGUGAAAUGCCAGAGCAUGUAGUCCAGACCGGCGGCAUGCUCCACUUUGCAAAGGUGACGAGGGACGACGCGGGCAACUACACCUGCCUGGCUUCCAACACCCUGCAGGGCCAGAUCACAGCCGCCGUACAGCUCACCGUAGCAGUAUAUAUAACAUUUAAUAUGGAGCCGGAGCACACCACUGUUUACCAGGGCCACACAGCCAUUCUGCACUGCCAGGCCACCGGCGACCCCCAGCCCUUUAUCCAGUGGAAGAAGAAAGAUAAGUUCCUGGAGCCUCGCAAGAGCAGGUUUCAGAAGAUGCCCAACGGUUCUCUAGUCAUCCACGACGUGAGUGUGGAGGACACGGGAAGCUACACAUGCAUCGCUGGCAACAGCUGCAAUAUUGGCCACACAUCGGCAGAGCUCUAUGUCGUAGAGAAGCCUGUGCACCACUCGUUGGAGGACGACGAAAAGGCGCCCUACAAGAUGAUCCAGACAAUCGGCCUAUCGGUGGGCGCCGCCGUGGCCUACAUCAUCAUCGUCCUGGGCCUGAUGUUCUACUGCAAAAAGAGACGCAACGCCAAAAGACUAAAGAGCCCUGAGGGAGAAGAGGCCGAGACAGAGCACCUCAACGGGGGCACGGUGCAGACCAACGGACAGGCCACCGCUGAGAUCCAGGAGGUGGCACUAACCAACAUGGGCACCACGGCCAGCAGCGCCAACAAGCGCCACAGCAGCCACGACAAAGGGCACUACCCCCGCGCCAACCUGACCACCAUCACCACUCUGGGGAAAGGUGAGUUUGGCGAGGUGUUCCUGGCCAAAGCCAAGGGCAUCAUGUCGGCAGGAGGAAGAGGCAGUGAGGAUGAGGAGGAGACAGUGGUGCUGGUGAAGAGUCUGCAGACGCGGGACGAGACCCUGCACCUGGAGUUCCGUCGCGAGGUUGAGAUGUUCGGCAAGCUGGGCCACCCCAACCUGGUGUGCCUACUGGGCAUGUGUAGAGAAGAGGAGCCUCACUACCUCAUACUGGAGUAUGCUGAAUUGGGGGACCUGAAGCAAUACCUCAAGAUGUCCAAGAACAAGGAGGAGAAACCCAAGUCCCAUCACCUCAGCACCAAGCAGAAGGUGGGGGUGUGUCUGCAGGUUGCCCGGGGGAUGGAGCAUCUAUCCAAUCAGCGCUUCGUCCACAAGGACCUAGCCACCCGCAACUGUCUGAUCAGCGCCAAGAGACAGGUCAAGGUGUCUGCACUGGGGCUCAGCAAAGAUGUCUACAACGAUGAGUACUAUCACUACCGGCAGGCGUGGAUCCCUCUGCGUUGGCUGCCAAGCGAGGCCGUGUUCGAGGACGACUACUCCACCAAGACGGACGUGUGGUCCUUCGGCGUGCUCAUGUGGGAGGUGUUUAGCCUGGGCGAGCUGCCGCACGCUGCGCUCGACCACGACAAGGUCCUCGAAGAGCUGAGAGAGGGCCGGGGGAAGCUGCCCCUGCCCCAAGGCUGUCCUUCACGGGUGUACAAGCUGAUGACUCGCUGCUGGGCCUCCAGCCCCAAGGACCGCUCCUGCUUUAGUGACAUCAUCUCUGCCCUCAGCGAACUGCCCUCCGAGAGCAAGGUGUAACACACACACGGCCCAGGUGCAGUGUGUGUGUGUGUAAGGGUAUGAAUGUGUUAGGAAUGGGGGGAGGUGACGUGUGUGUGUGUGUGUGUGUGUGAGAGAGCAGUUGUGUACGAAUGUGAUUAAGUCCAUACACACACAAACCGGUGGAUCAGUGUGUAUGUGAAGGACGUAUAGAGGUGUUGGUGUGUGUGCGUGAGCAUGUAUGUUUUGGCCUUUGAGUUUGUGUGUCUCGCACUCCAGGACGAUCCUACUCUGCCUUGUUGGCCUCUGUAGUUAGCGUCUGCAAGAGCAGAAAGAGACUCUUAACAACAAGGAACUUUGGUCCCAAAUGAGGACCCAGCCGAGAAGAGAUCAACAUCCGACGAGCUUCUCCUUCACGUCUCUAUGGAUUAAAAUGACAAUUUUUUACAAUGAGGACUUAUAUUGUGCCUUAGCAGGUCAAAUGGUGUCUAUAACAUUUAAUCUACAAACUAAUGACAGUUAAUAUUGGCACGGUUUUCACCCCAAUUGGAUCUUUUCUGUUGCUCAUGUUUGUGAAUGGACAAGACAAAAAGGUCAAUUUUCUGCCCAGAGCCAAACGGAACAGUAAGGUACAACCUCCUCAGGUGUAAAAAUCAAAUGUCUCACCCUGUUAGAUAUGAUCAGAACAAGGUAAAGGGCCAGCGGUGGCAUUAUUAAACUUGUGUGGUGUUUAGCUGGAGUGUGGAUGGAAUCAACGCUCACAAGUUUUCCUUGAAGGUAAAUCUUUGGUUGAUGUAAAGUAUAGUCGUGACAGUAUAUGGGCCCUGAAUUGGCUUCAACAUGCUAUUUGAGUUAAGGUAACAGAUCUGAGCUGUAGCAUUAUAGGCCAUCCUGCCAUGAACAGUUUUGUACUCCUAUCAAAGAUUUCUGACUGUUACUGCUUCAUUUGCCCAUCAAUCAUCCAAUCCUAUCGCGACCUGAGCUUUUCCAAUCAGAGUGGGAGAAACCUUUCUUUGUAGACCUUCGUCUAAUAGUGCUUUGUAUACAUGUUUAAAACAUGCACUGAUCACAACUAUACCUUUUUGUAUUCUAGAAGGGUUGUUUCGGAGACCUGUUAACUUAUUUUCAAGGUCCUGUUUUGUAUGUUUUCACUGUAUAGAAAGGUACUAAGCUUCUUUGAUAUACAUUUUUUUUUAUGUGCAAGGCAUUUUAGGAUUUGUGUGGAAUAGUUCAUUUGUCAUUUAUUGAACCAAAACAUAUGGAAUUAAGGUUAUCCUGAAAUGUAAAAGAAAUUAAGUGCCUGGCAAAUGAAGGACUUUGCAUCAGUCUUGCUAUUGAUUGAAUAUUUACUUUUUUACUUGAACAUUUUUAUACAUUGCAGUUUUUCCCCUUUGUUUUUAUGUACAAAAUCCAUCUUUCAUCUGAAUUGUAGUAAUUUGGAUAUUGGUUCUAUUUUAAGUAUGUUUAUACAAACACAUAUACUUGCCGCUGGUCCAAUAAAAUAUUUUUGUUGUAAAUGUA